UUCUGUUCACUCAGUCUUUUUCAAACUGGGUCUGUCUGCAAACUAGGUUUAUUGUGAAGGCUUUCAGCCCCAGUUCUGUGGAUAACUGUGUGUAACUAGAUGCUGCAGACUAACAGGAGCGACCGGAGUACACUAACUGGCCGCCGGUGCUGCUGCUGAAACAUCUACAGCUACAACGCAGGAGGACUGGCAGACUGACGCGGUUCUCCACUCAUUUCGGAGGAAUAACGCGGCUUUUGGCGGCUUUCGCACCUUUCCUGCAGGCGUUCGUACUUAAAGAGACGAGCCAAGUCCUUCGUCCAUGGCCAGUCCGGUUGCAGACCUUGGACAGUCUCAUCAGCAUCACCCUGUGACGGAGUCGGCCGCCGACUCUGCGUUUCAGGAGGCGCAGAAAUGGAUCGAGGCUGCGACUGGACGCUGUUUUGGUGACAAGGAUUUCCGAGGAGGUUUGGAGAACGGGAUUCUGCUGUGCGAGUUACUGAGCUCCAUUAGACCCGGCUUGGUAAAGAAAAUUAACCGGCUGCCAACACCAAUAGCUGGCCUGGACAAUCUCAGUGUUUUUCUGCGAGGCUGUGAGGAGUUGGGACUGAAAGGCUCCCAGCUGUUUGACCCCGGAGACCUGCAGGACACAUCGACACGUCCGGCUGCCAAGGGAAGCGACUGCAGCCGAAGGCUCAAGAAUGUUUUAAUCACAAUCUACUGGCUUGGUCGGGCUGCCAACAGCUACACCUCCUACAACGGGCCCACGCUGGACCUAAAAGAGUUUGAGGGCUUGCUGUCACAAAUGCGAAAGGAGGCAGAGGCGGCAGAAAGUCCUCAACGCAGCAUUCGGGACAGUGGCUACAUCGACUGCUGGGACUCUGAACGCAGUGACUCUCUCUCUCCGCCACGCCACGGACGCGAAGAUUCAUUCGACAGCCUGGACUCCUUCGGCUCACGCUCGCAACAGACUCCGUCGCCGGACGUCCUGAUCCCACGCGGCAGCAGCGAUGGCCGUGGGAGUGACUCAGAAUCUGACGGCACCCCUAACAGGAAGAUGCCGGACCUUCACAAGGACGACAUGUUGGCGCGGCGAACAUCAGUCACUGAGCUGCGGACCGCCAUGCCAUUCAACCAGUACCUCCCCAACAGGAGCAACCAGAGUGGAUACGUGCCAGCACCGCUUCGCAAGAAAAAGAACGAAAAGGAGGAGGGAGGGCGCAAGAGCUGGAGUACUGCUACAUCACCCGUAGGGCGAGACCGACCUUCUAGUCCAAAUGGAGUCCCUGUCUUAGUCCUCACACUUGGAGAGUCCCAUAGCCCUUCUUCCACCCCACUUAUUGAACCACAGAUUCAGGAGAGCAAGAGUAAAGAUGAUGAGGAGGACGCGAAGCUGAGUGCCUCCUCACCUUGGACUAAGAUCCAUGCUGUGGGAAUAAGGAGGAGCAGUGAACCUCUACGCUGGGGCCUCAGCCAGGCCAUCUCGGGCCCCCCCAGAGACACCAUAACUCAGCUGAAGGUCAACUCUGAACAAAGGAGUUUGAGUUUGAUCGACAUGCGCGGUGAAGAAGAGGCCACCAUGCAGCCGCACAGUCACGUUCGUCAUGAGCUGAUGCACAACCAAUACAACAGACUGAAAGAAGACGAGGAUCACUGGCAGGAAGACCUGGCCCGAUGGAAAACUAGGAGGAGGAGUGUCUCUCAGGAUCUGAUUAAAAAAGAGGAGGAGAGGAAAAUGAUGGAGCGAAUGAUGUCAGGAGAAAGCUGUAUCUAUCAAAGGAGGAAAAGCAUAAAGACCUACAGAGAAAUUGUGGAGGACAAGGAGCGACGUGAGGAGGAGCUGCGGGAGGCGUACCGGAAAGCCAGAACUCCAGAGGAGGCAUCUACUAUUCUGCAACAUUACGCCCAGCGUUUCUCCAUCAGCGAGGCUGUCCUGGAGCGCCUGCAGCUGCCGAAGCUUCUGGACCGCAGUGUAUCAGCCGAUCCCUCCUUUCCCACUUCGCCCUUCUCCCUCUCGCUCUCCUCCUCCCCCACAACUCCGGACCCCUUCGAAGAGGACCCCAACGGGCCCAUGAGGUAUCUGAGGCAGCAGUCUGCGCCGGUGCCAAGGUUUACGUCCACGCUGGAGGCGCAGAUCGAAGAGUUUCCCAAAGACUCACACCAGCGGCCUCAGAUUCGCUCUCGCUCAUCUGAACCGCCAUCCACCCGAGCCCUGUCACCCAACCCGGUGCCUUUACUGACACCCAAGCCUUACUUUCAGCCCCGACUGUCGGCAGAUGAAAAAUGGAACAGCAAGGCGGACGGUUUGCUACGAGUAAAUGGCGAGGUUGGAAAUGAUGGCAGUUCCAUUAAGCCCAAGUGUAAAGAAAGGGAAUCGCCUCCCCAAUUCCAGGCGUCUCCUUCCACGCCUGGAAACGACACUGCAGAUGCCUCGCCCAUUCGCAGUCCACCACCCUGCCCUGAAAGAGGAAGUCCAGUGUCAUCAACAAAGGCCAUCGACCAACCGGGCAGCACGGAGGUAGCUUCUCAGGACAACCAAGGGGAGAAAGUCACUGAGGGUUCACCACCACCCACACGGCCCACUUCUCUUCCAGAGGAGCUAAAGCAGCCAGAGGACAUCUCUGAGGAAACGGGAGGCCAGACAGAUGCUGGUCAACAGGAAGAAAAGUCAAAUACUGUGGCUCAGCAAGCGCCACCUGCAGAAGCUAAACCAGAAAACACUGAAGAGUCCAGUGAGAACCUACUGCAGGUUUUUCCAACUGAGGUUAACACGCUAAGAAGUCCGGCCGUAACGUCAACGGAGUCUUUUCAGAGAACGGAGCUGGCACCGACCUCGGCUGCACCCGGAUCGCUCGGAUAUCACCCUCCAAGGGAAACAUCAUCAGAGAUUGAAAUCAGUGUAAGGUCCCCGCAGACCUCCAGCAACCCUAAGUCACGCUGGGAGUUCUUCGCUCUGCCAGAAGAUGCAGAGAAGGAACAACAUGGAAACGUUUCAGUCCCAGUGUUGGCCCAGGCCAGGCGGGGAGACCGCUGGUCUUGGGACCCUGAUGAGGAGCGAAAGCGUCAGGAAAGGUGGCAGCAAGAGCAGGAGCACAUGCUGCAGGAAAAGUACCAGCGUGAGCAGGAGAAACUGAGGGCGGAGUGGGAGAAAGCACAGAGGGAGGUGGCGGAGGAGGAGAGGAAGUAUCAUGAGGAGGAGCGCAGGAUCCUGGAAGAAACUGUGAUGCCUUUGACACCCCACUCCUCAGCCCUCCCCUCCCCCAGCCGAGGGGGCCUCUCCUCCACCUCUGAGCCACAGGACACGAUUGUCCGUUCACUGGCAGAUUGGGAACGCAAACAAGAGCUACUGGAGAGGCAGUCUAGAGGAAGCCCUGAGACCUCCGAGUGGAAAAGGAAAGAAAAUGACAGAACCAGUGACAUCAGCACUGCUGACGACAGCAUGAAAACUGGCAGAAGCAUGUUGAGCCAGAACAGCAGUCAGGGAGAGCUACUUGGUCACAGCCAAAAGCUUCCUCCUACUUUGGCCAAAUGUUCAACUCCAGACAAGAAGCAACCAGAACCCACUACCGACAGCACCAGAGCCAGCCGGCCUGCAGGAGAACGAAGGUGCGGCCCCACUGAUAAUAAUGUAGGACGCAGCUCAUCAAAGCCCCCUGCAGCAUGUCCAUCAGCACCAGACACUUUACCCCCACCGCCCAACAGGUCUGUCAGUGGGAAGAAGCUAUGCUCCAACUGUGGUCAGCCACUGGGAAAGGGAGCAGCCAUGAUCAUAGAGACUCUGAGCCUCUAUUUCCACAUCCACUGCUUCAAGUGUGGGGUGUGUAAAGGACAGUUGGGCGACACAACCACGGGGACCGACGUCCGGAUCAGAAAUGGCCUCCUUAACUGCAACCAAUGCUACAUCCGUUCUCGCUCGGCCGGACAGCCGACCACAUUGUGACGCGCAAGUGAAAAGCACAAGGUUCACGUUUUAACCUGAUUAUCCACCAAUCACGUCCUCCGCAGCCUGUUGGGAUGUAAACCUCCUCUGCAGCUCUGUGACCAAUGGAGAUUCAUCAUUUGGGCUAAAAAGGAACAUGUGGACUGUUAGAUUUUUAAAACAAAAACAUAAAGGGUUGGACAAUGAAACUGAAACACCUGGUUUUAGACCACAAUAAUUUAUUAGUAUGGUGUAGGGCCUCCUUUUGCGGCCAAUACAGCAUCAAUUCGUC